AUGUCCAUUCCACCAUUCAAAGUAAAGGCGAUAUUUGAAUAUACGUCACCGCAUGAAGAUGAUCUUCACUUUCCGAAUGGUCAAAUUAUCACCGUGACGGAGGAGGAAGAUGCAGAUUGGUAUGCUGGAGAAUAUGUUGAUACAUCAGGAGUCAAACAAGAAGGUAUCUUCCCACGAAAUUUUGUGGAAAAGUAUGAGCCUACGGCACCACCAAGACCUACGCGUGUCCAUCGAGCAAAGAAGGAGUCGGAAUCAGCUCCUGCUGCUGUCGCUGCCGAACCAGUGAGAGAACCAGAACCACAGCCUGAACCCGAAGCACAACCUGAAGAGGUUCCCGAAGCUCCUGUUGUACAAGAGAGACAACUUCCUCUUCCUACUCAACCGGCUCCACAGGCUAAAGUUCCAAAACCCGCCUCCCCGCCUCCACUUUCAACACCGGCAGCUACAAGACCAGCUCCAAGUCAAAAACCAACUUCUCCUGUCAGUGAAAAGCCAAGCGGUGGGUCAUUUCGGGAUCGUAUUGCAGCUUUUAACAAAGCUGCUCCUCCGCCAGCUCCAUUUAAACCCACGGGUUUUAGUUCUGGAAGUUCGAAUAAUUUCAUCAAAAAGCCAUUUGUUGCCCCACCUCCAAGAAAAGAUGCUUAUGUUCCUACACCUCAGUCCCAUGAAACUACCGAAGAGGGUGAUACUGCUAGCUUAGAACGACCGGACACGGGGGAUAGGCCAGGAAGCAUUUCAAUGGAUUCCAUAAGGGAAGAAGGAAGUGCACUACCACGAAGAACCAAAUCAUCUCGUGGGCCUAUUCCUUCAAUUGAUGAUGGUAAUGAAGCGGAUAUGUCUGGAGCUGCUGAAACUGCGGAAGAAUUGGAAGAUACUGGGAAGGAUGAUAGCGACGACAAACCUAGAGCCAAGCAUCCUCAGCCCCCUGUAGACGCAAAGAAGAAUUACGAGCGGCGAAUGGCAAAAAUGAGUGGUGGUAUGGGUAUGUAUGUAGCUAGCGCGCCACCUGUACCAAUGAUUCCUCUGCCUGGUAUGUUUAGAGUUCAAAGUCCUGAUGAGGCAGGAAAACAAGCAGAUGCGGAAGAUGAGAAGAGGCCAGUCUCAUCUUCGCGUCCUGCUGAUGUAGUACCGGAUGUUGAGGAUGUUGUACCUGAAAAGGAAGAUGAAUCGGUCCCGCCACCAGUACCGUCUCACGAGAUUGGUGUGCCACCCCCGAUUCCAGGUGGACGACCAGCCCCUCCGCCUGUUCCAGCUGAUUCUCGACCUGUUCCUGCACCUCCUCCAGCCUUAUUGUCUCCAGGUGCCGGUUAUGAAUCUGAUGAUGAAAUGACUGAAAAGAUUCCUUUGACCACUACAAGUGCUGAACCACCUCAAGCUCCUCCUCGGCCUUUUGAGGCACCUGGUUCCCCACGAUCACCACCUACUAGAAGAGCUUCAUACUUUAGUCCUGAUCAAUCGCCGCGGUCUCCUGAGACUCUGGGUGGUAGGCGUGGCAGUAGGGUCCCACCCAUUCCAGCAGGUAUUCCUACUCCAGCGUUACAUACUCGAGCCCCUCCGCCACCUCCACCUGGGGGUGGAUUAAGCCGAUCUUCAACUGGUGAUCAAGAUGUCGUUCCUCACUCAAAUCCACCUCCUGUACCUGUGGAUGAUGAGAAAGAAGAUGAAUAUGAGGGUGAUUAUGAUACCGAUAUUGCUUCUGCGGUACACCAUAAAGAAGCUUUGAAGCAUACUAAAGAAGCAAGUGUUGAUGAUAACGCUCUUCGAUCUCCACUUGCUUCUCCAACUUUUGCUCCUCCUCCCCUUCCUCCACCUACGGCUCCGAAAGCCGUACCACCACCAUUGCCAUCACAGCCACCUCCUCGUCCAUCAGCAGACAUUCCUAGAGUGGCUCCACCAGCUCCACCACCGCCACCACCUGGGAGGGCACCAGCUCCAUGGGAACCUGAGGAUAAUGAAUUUGAUCCUUAUAAUAAUUCAGCAGCGGCAAGCGCUCCAGUUCAGGUUGCUCCAGCUACACCAAAAAUGGAACCUGUUGAAGAUGAUUUGUAUUCAGCUUCCCCACCAAGAUCAUUUGCCUCACCUAAACAAGGUCGAGCUCCACCUCCACCUCCAAAUAAGCCUGCAAUUAGACAAUCUUUGGAUCUCAAUCGUGCUGCUAUUACUGGUGCAAGAAGAUCUGUGGAUUUAAAUAGAAUGUCUAUGGAUCCUGGUUUUAUGGCCAAUGAUGUUGAUUUGGCGGUUGGUAGCCAAUGGUGGACUGUUAAGAAAAGUCUCCCACCUGUUUUUCAAGCUAGGAAGGACAUCUUGACAGAAUCGGAAGAUACGUCAUCAAUUUCUGAUACGAAUCAACCUGUUGUCACAAGGGAACUUUUUGUCUUAUUUCAUGAUUACUCUCAAACAAUCAUCGCAGCUCAAUACAAUCCAAAGGAUCCUUCAGAAUGUCAACUUGAACAAAAACAUGAAGCACCGCCUGCUCGUUUACGUCAAGAUCAAUUGGAAGACGCUCAUGAACGUUUUGGUAAACGUGUCAUUGAAGCAGUAAGUGUUAGACAAAAUACUAUUGUGGGUGAUGGUACUCCUCAAGGAUUAAUUCUUGAAUUGUUAAAACCAUUGGCUGGUGUUCUUAUGCCAGUAGGAACUCGCGCAUAUGGUGCCCUUGUCUAUAGUAAUAUGGCAAAUGCAUCAACUCAACAAUUUGAUGAAAUUCGACCUGGUGAUAUUGUCACAUUGAGAAAUACUAGAUUUCAAGGAAAACAUGGAUCCAUGCAUACGAAGUAUGCAGCAGAGGUUGGUAAACCCGAUCACAUGGGAGUAGUAGCUGAAUGGGAUGGGACAAAGAAAAAGCUACGCGCUUGGGAACAGGGACGAGAGAGUAAGAAGGUUAAGUUGGAGAGUUUUAAGUUGGAUGAUUUGAGGAGUGGUGAGGUGAAGAUUUGGAGGGUUAUGCCUAGAAGUUGGGUUGGUUGGGGUGAGGGAAAUUGA